AUGGGUGCGUUGUUGUUAAAGCUGAAAUUUAUAGUCCAUCGGACAGACCCUCAUGACCUUUCUCGAACAGCCUUGCAGGCUGCUGCGGACGGAGGGCACACGAGUGUGGUGGAGUUGUUGUUGGAAGCUGGUGCGGAUGUGAAUGCACCACCAGCGAGAAUAUUUGGGAAGACCGCACUACAGACUACCGUGGAAGGAAGACAUGAAAGGAUAGUACAGCUACUCUUGAGCGAAGGUGCAGACCCUAAUAGACCAGUCUCAUCGUAUGGAAGGACCGCAUUACAGGCCGCCAUAGAAGAAGGACACAAAAUGAUCCUGCAGUUGCUUGCAUACAAAGGUGUCGAUCUCAGUGGAGCUUUGAGAGAAGCUAUUGAAGGACAGAACGAGGACACUUUGCAGUUACUCUUAGACAUUGGGGCCAACAUCAACAUCAAAUAUCCGGACGGAGAUACGCUAUUGCAUAUUGCUGUCAAAUGUCGGUUCGAACGCAUAGUGGAGCUACUUCUAUUCUCCGCAUAUAACCAGCUGCAGCCCAAUACUGACGGCCCCCACACAACUGGGCUUGGGAAUGAUCUACGCCUUGGCCCGACCUUGAAACCAAUUGAUCUCAUCGCCGCAAUAGACCAUCAACAGAGGGAUAUUCUACAUGCAGCAUGCUCGGAUUAUAAUGAAACUAUAUUCCGUUUGAUCUUGGGGAAAUGCGCGCCCAAUCACCUCAGUGCUCGAGACACCUUUGGCUCAACCCCACUUCACCUUGCAGUCAGGCAUGGGAGUCUACCGGCAGUACACCUAUUGGUUUCCUGGGAUGUCGAUAUAGAUACUCGUGACCUUGGGGAUCAGACUCCGUUGCAGAUUGCAGUUGAUAAGGGACUCGUCGAUAUCACGCGUCUUCUGCUAAAGAAAGGUGCUACAACUGACCGUCUAACGGUGAAGCAUCUGCCAAUCUUGAUACACGCAUAUGAUGGCGGCAAUCCUAGUACUGGUCAUGUUGUGUUGUGUCGAACUCCCGGGAAAGGAACCUCUGUUGAGUCUGUCUCUGAGCCAGACUCUAUCGUGUCCCUCCGGCGAAGGUUUCUUGAUACAAGGUCGUGCUCGAUUCAUUUUGUGGCUCUAAGGGUUAAACUAGAAUUCAACUCAGACUCUCAAAGCUCUAGGGGCGAAGUAUCAUUCGUAGACCCUCGAAGCUUAAUCAAUCAUAAACUCGCGCUGCGUCAUUAUACAUGCGAUUAUUCGAGGAUAACGUCUGUGUCCUGGCUCUGGUCAACCGUGGAUGAUCAUGGCUCACUAUCCAAUCACCAACCACAAUUUUCCGCAAUCCCCAACAAGGAUGUUGUAGCCUACAGUGGAGAAAGAGUAAUAUUUAUCGGUUAUGCAUACUUCUGCUGUCCAAUCCGACGUAAAAACCACGUCUCGCAAUCGUUCACACCCGGCGUGAAGGCAGUGGAGAUAUCUUGGAUCAUGCUCGCCGCCGAUACCGCUUCGAGGUCACAAGUUUGCUCUCUACGGAUGGUGCAAUACCGGGGCACUUUAAAUAUGAGAAACAUCACAAUACCACGACAUGCAGCCGAGUUUGUGACAUGGUUUUUUCAAGAUAUCUCUGAGAGGUGGAGAGUUCUUAUUGAAAGUGCAAUGUUGCACAUCACUGAAAUACGCCAAGUUCAACUAAGUCAAGGGGGGAGAAACCCUUUUGUUAUACAAUCUUUACUUAAGGAUAGCCAGGAGUAG